AUGAGACUCGUAGAGGAAAAAUACAAGCGAUCUGAGCUUGGUGUAGGCAAUGUUAGCUCAGCUUUAUCAGCUACUGAGAGCGAGAAUGCCAAGACGCUAGAUAAUGACAACAUUGAAGAAGCUGAGUUAUCUAUGCGUGAGACAAGUUAUUUGAACCACGAGGAGGUAAGAGCACUUUUGGGAAGAAUUGAGUAUCAGAAAGGAAACAUAGAAGCAGCAUUGAGAGUCUUUGAAUGGAUUGAUAUCAGUGGCAUCACAAUAAAGAUGAGAACCGCUUUAACUGCUAGAGAAGAAUGGAAACAUAGAAGAUGGUUCAAAGGCAGCUUUGUUACUCCUCCUCAGCCUCCCAUGUCUAAACAUGCUGUUAGUUUACUUUUUGAAGCUAUCUUCCUCAAAGCGAAAUCUCUCCAGAGUCUUGGAAGGUUCCAAGAGUCUGCACAGUCUUGCAGAGUUAUUCUUGAUAUAAUGGAGGCUUCUUUAUUAGAAGGUGCGUCAAAGAAUGUGACUAGUGAUAUCAAGUUGCAGGAGACGCUGACCAAAGCAGUUGAGCUGCUUCCUCAGCUUCUUUAG